AAUCAUCUGGUGUCUGGAUGUGGCUGCUGUCAAGAGUUUAUGCUAUUAAAACUCACCAAACUCCUCCAUCCUCUCUGACACUUGUUGCUGCUGCACCACCUGAACCGCUGAGCAGCAUUUCCUUUUGGGGGAUUUGUGAUGAACUCCCUGGACCCUCAGUCCCAUCACCAGAACCAGAACCAGCACCACACCUCCUCUCUUCCACCCAAGGCUGCCCAGGAGGCCCCUGACAUGGCCGCAGUGUACUGCGACAGCUUCAGCAGCAUGUACCAUCAGCAGCAGCAGCAGCAGCAGCAGCAGCAGAGCCUGCAGAGCCUCCAGAGCCUGCAGGGCGCACAGAGAGCCUCCGGAUACGGCCUCGGAGAUUACGCAUCGACUCCAAACCCGUACCUGUGGAUCAACGCACCUGGCGUCAACUCCUCCGCCUCCUCUUACCUGCACGGAAACAACCCGUCCUUCAUCCCGCCGUCCUACGGAGCGCAGCGGCAGUUCAUCACCACCAACUCACCUGGGUUCGGAGGUCCAGACCUGGGCUGGCUGUCCAUCGCCUCUCAGGAGGAGCUGCUGAAGCUGGUGAGACCUCCUUACUCCUACUCUGCUCUCAUCGCCAUGGCCAUCCAGAACGCACACGAGAAGAAGCUGACUCUCAGUCAGAUCUACCAGUAUGUGGCCGACAAUUUCCCCUUUUAUAAGAAGAGCAAAGCCGGCUGGCAGAACUCCAUCCGGCACAACCUGUCUCUGAACGACUGCUUCAAGAAGGUUCCGAGGGACGAGGACGAUCCAGGAAAAGGAAAUUACUGGACGUUGGACCCAAACUGUGAAAAGAUGUUUGACAACGGAAAUUUCCGCCGGAAACGGAAAAGACGUUCAGAUCCGAGCAGCGCGGGAGGAGCAGCAGCGUCAUCGGUGGCAGCCGGGGCCACAAAGGUGGAGGACGGCAGGCCGGCAGCGGGGGCGUCCUCGCUGAAGCCCUCGGACAGUCCUCCGCUCCUGGGGCCGCCCUCGCCGGAGAUGGAGGCCAUGAACGAGAGCCACAAGAGCUCGUCGUCGUCCUCGCCGCCCGGCGGACUGGCCUCGGCCGCUCCUUGCUUUAACAACUUUUACAGCAGCAUGUCGACGCUCAGCUCGGGGGCCCCCGGCCGGCAGGGGUCCCUGGGGCUGGUGAACGAGCUGUCCAACAGGAACAUUACGGCCCUGAGCCCCUACCACCUCAACCACGGCGGGCAGGACACGGGGGCGUCGGAGCACAGCGAGGGCUUGCAUUUCAACCGUGGAGUGUACUACAACACGUUUGGCGGCGGGCAGAGCGGACAGUUCAAUGGUCACUUCUACAACAGCUUCAGUGUCAACAGCCUUAUUUACCCCAGAGAAGGGACAGAGCUAUAGGAGCUGAUUCACCACACUGUCGUAGGGACUCGCUGCUACGUGAAAAACACACACACAUGCAGACGUACAUGCAUUUCAGCAGAGCGUGCUUCUCUGCGUCGUGAACGCUCCCUUCACUGAUCAGCUCACGGAGAGAUUAGAUUUAGUAUUUUUUAGGUGAUUUAACUUGACAAGCACUCAAACUGUGGAAACAGCCGAUAACAAAAAUGAGCACUUAUCUUUUUACUCUCUCUUUUUUAUUAUUAUUAUUAUAUCAAAGCUCCUACUUUGCUCUUCAAGCUAAAAUAACUGCAAAGUAAGACAACCACUGAACACUUGUUUUUGUGAUAUUUCAACAGAAAGUUUCUAUAUUCUUGUAGUCAAAGCCACUCGUUCAUGUCCAAAAUGUAAAUGUAUUUUUUACCAAAUCUUGCCCAUAUUUUUUUGGAGCGGCCAAAUUCUUACAGUUGAUUAUAUAUGUUGUUUAUUCAUAUUCAUAAUCAACUCAAAUCUGCCAAAGUUGCCUUUUAUGGGACCGCCAUUACCUCAAAAAACAACCCUCCUAUGAGACGCCCUGCUCUGAAGGGUUCACCCGUCGAUUCAGACCGUUUCCAAAUGCAGUAAUUGAUUUAAUAACAAAUAUGAUCCGAUGGGGCUCGCCUUAUUUUUUUAUAUCCUCCAUGUUGACUGAAACCACAGCACUAAGGCUCAUGUAAAUACAUGUGGACUUUAUAUAAAUGUGUAUUUUUGUAAAUUAUAAAACAAAAAAUAGUUUGUGACUAUUUAUGCUAUUUAUGCUAAUAGGCAUUGUUUUUCUACUUUUUUCUGAACAUAGUUUGAUUAAAUGACAAACCGUGCCGAACACAGUAUCACCAGAUGUCAUAAAUAUAUAAAUAUAUAUAUUAAAAACUAUAUGCUAUAUCAUGGUUUCUCUCAGGAUUCAGUGUGACAAUCAUUGAAUGGCUUUUGUAUCUAUUGUCUUUUUUUUUUUUUUAUCUUUAUACAGUACAUCCAGCUUACAGGCAGUUUCAACUGUGACUAUUAAUAAAUAUCAUGUGGUCUCUA